CAUUUAGUCGGUAACAUUCAUAACAUCAUCAGAAAAAUAAGAAAAAUAUUUAUUGAAGAAAUCCAAAAUCAAAAUCAAAUCCAACAACAAUAACAUAUCACACAUCAUCACCACUACUACCUCCAUCGCCGCCCUUUCCUGACGUCAUUACCGCCGCCAUGGGUGCCCCUGGGAGUGACCCUCCUGUGGAAGAGAGAGAGAUUCAGAAGAAAGAAGAAGGAGAAGAAAGAGAAGGAAAGGGGAAUAAAGAAGAGGAAAAAGAAGAAGAAGAAGGGAAAGUGAGAGAUGUGGAGAAAGGAGAGAUGGGUUAUGCGGAGUCUGUAGAAGAAAAGGUGGUGGUGGAGAAAAAUGAUAAUAAUAUUCAUGGUGAUCAAAGAGGGUUUAAUGCGUCAAUGUUAAGAACAUUGAACCCAACAAACCCAUUAAGGAUUGCUAUCAAUGGUGGCCGUACGAGAGUUGCAGCUCCUACAAGAGUUGCAGCUUCUAGAUUUGCUACUCCUUCUCAGCCUCGCUCUACUCCAACACCAACCUCUCAAAUAUCACUAACAACAUUGAAUUCAAGAAGGUACACCAAUAAGACAUCUCUGUUUAUUUUUGUUCUUCAUAUGGUGGCGGCUGUUGCUCUAGUGGGUUUUCUUGUAUUCAAGGGAAUUCAAGGUCUAUUAGUGGCAUCAGAUUCUACUAAAAGAAAAGAGAAAAGGGUGUUACAGUAUUUUCUGCCACAAGUUGAAGCUGCAUCUCUUUUAAGCAUUACUCUUGCUUUUGCUUGGCAAAAGGCUGUCACGGUUUGGCCUCAAUUCAUGGUUCAUUUCAUACUAUGGAGCUCGUUCUUCAUGUCACUUUCAGUUGGAAUUCUCCUAAUUUGCUUCCAGAAGCCCCCCACCGAUGGAGUUGGAGUUUGCUUCAUUGCCUUCGCAAUUGGCAAUGGCUUAUAUGCUUGUUGGGUUAACCAGAGAAUUGGAUUUUGUACUAAGAUUUUGAUGAAAUCGCUGCAACCCGUUUCAAAGUUUCCAGAUUUGAAUCAACCCACUUAUUGGAUGCUUGGAGCUGGUUUCACAUGGAUGUCUCUGUGGAUUUUAGCUGUUGUUGGAGCCUUGAAUUUUUAUGUUCCUCCUUUAAUCAUCAUUGCAUUGGUGUUGAGCUUGGCCUGGACUACAGAAGUAAUGAGGAAUGUUGUUAAUCUAACAGUCAGUAGAGUGAUUGCUUUGUAUUAUCUCAGGGGAAUGCAACCUAGUACUCAAUUUUGCUUCCAGAGAGCCUUGACUAAGAAUCUUGGAAGUGCGUGUCUUGGUUCUUUAUUUGUGCCAGCUAUUGAAGCUUUGAGAAUUGUCGCCCGGGGUUUAAAUGUACUCGAGGGAGAAGAUGAGUUCAUGUUUUCAUGUGCACACUGCUGUCUUAGAGUUAUGGAGUCCAUCUUCAGAUAUGGAAAUGGCUGGGCAUAUGUGCAGGUAGCUGCAUAUGGAAAAGGCUUUGUGAAGGCAUCACAAGACACCUGGGGGCUCUUUGAGAGGCAAGAAAUGGAAUGCAUUGUCGACUCUGACAUGACCAGUGCUCUUUGCUUCCUCACCGGAGUCUGCAGUGGUUCUAUAUGUGUCAUUGUUGUUGCCGCUUGGACUGCCAAAGUGCACCUGCCAUUCACCGCCACCGUCUCCCUCCUCGCAUUCUUUGUGGGAUACCUCAUGUGUGAAAAUUUUGAUGUUUCAGACCCGGAUUGCAAUGGCAUUGCCUCAUGCCUGUGUGAGUUGCUACUAUGCUUGCUAUGCAGAAAACCCCGAGAACAGAUUGUUCGAUUCAACCAUCAAGGAUCAUCUCUCCUUGAUCAAAGCCAGUCGUGAUGUCAUCGUACCAACACCUCGAGUGCCUCAUCAAUUCAACACGUAAGAUCAAAGGCAUGUUCUUUCCUGUAAAUUUCCCAAAUGUUAAACCAACUUAAGUCCAAGCAAGCUAUCCAAAAUAGAUGAGGUGGAAAGACUGGUGGUGACAACAAAUUUUGAUAGUGAAAUAUCUGACUUUUUUCUUGUUUGUUGUUGAUAACGGAGGAAACGUGGAGCGCCCACUGAUUCCAACGAAAUAAGGCGACAAGGACAAAAGUGUCUUUUAAUGUAUCAUAUUUUCGCAUAUACUUUUGGCAUAUUCGAUGGAAUAAAAAAGCCCCACCAUUCAGUUA